ACUUUUCACAACCCAAGGAUACUUCCAUUGAACAAUCUAAUUUUAAACCACGAUUUACCGAAAAUUUUGCGGAUAGUAAAACGAAUGAAAAAACUUAUGAACAGAACCGCUCUAGCAACUUAGAGGAGCUCUCUGGCUCUCGUAAUUCUGAUUUUGGAACGGGAAAUCUAGAAAGGAGAAAGGAAAAAUGUGAAGCUUUCCCUGCCUAUGAGAGCAUACCACGCGAGGAUCAAUUAAACCAAGAGCAGAAACUUGUAGUACAGAGCGCACUUCAAGGUGAAUCUUUUUUUCUUACGGGUGCGGCCGGCACAGGGAAGUCCUUUCUUCUCCGCUUUUUAGCUGACAAACUGCAAUCGCUCUAUGGUUCCAGUGCUGUCGCUGUGACGGCUUCCACUGGAAUAGCAACCUGCCCACUUAAAGGCCAAACCUUGCAUUCUUUUUCUGGUAUUGGGUUAGGUAAAGGUACAGCGGAAACAGUAGCCUUCCAGGCUUUAUAUAACCGCAAACUUUGUGAUAGAUGGAAAAACACCAAAGUGUUAAUCAUCGACGAAGUAAGCAUGAUAAGUGGGGAAGUUCUCCAACUGGUCAAUGCUGUGGCUCGAGCCUGUCGAGGAUCUUCGCUGCCUUUUGGUGGAGUGCAACUGGUGGUGGUUGGGGACUUCUACCAGCUCAGCCCGGUGGAUGCCGAAAAGCACAGUUUCGCGUUCGAGUCGCCCUUGUGGAACGAUGCCAUAAAAACAGUUCAUGUGUUGAAAUCGGUUCAUCGACAGCGCACUGAUCCCGCUUUUAUAAAAAUUCUGAACGAACUUCGUGUUGGCUUUGUGUCCGAAGAGACAGCUGCCUUGUUGAAAGGCAGAGAGCUCCCCCUCUUGAGUGAAACCGGCAUAGUGCCUACCAGACUAUAUCCACUCAAUCGAGACGUCAACGAAGAAAAUAAUUCUCGCUUGAGAGAACUUCCUGGACCUUGUCGCACUUUUACUUCUGUAGAUAGCUCUGAAUAUUUAGUGAACUCGGAGAGUUUAACUCAGAUUCUAGAUCGGCAAACCAACGUGCAGUCCACCAUUCACUUGAAGAUCGGUGCGCAGGUUGUUCUUCUAAAAAAUUAUCUGCCAGACAAUCUGGUUAACGGUUCGCGAGGCGUUGUUGUGGGAUGGGACGAAAGGGACAGCAAUUUUCCUGUGGUUAAGUUUCAGAACGGCAUAGUUAUGGAGGUGGGCCCUGCCAGGUUUGAGGCGUUCACUUACUAUAGCGGCGAGUGCAUUCGUGAGCAGGUCCCGCUGAAGCUUGCUUGGGCGCUGACUGUCCACAAAAGUCAAGGAAUGACGUUGGACUUGGUGGAGUGCCACUUAGCCAACGUGUUCGACUACGGCCAGGUCUACGUCGCUCUAAGCAGAGUUCGCCAUCUAAAAGGCUUGAGGAUUCUAGAUUUCCGUCCAGAAUCUGUAAAAGUUCAUCCAAAGGUGGAAGAGUUCUACCGUUGUUUAAGUAAAGAGAAAAGGAAGCAGAUCCAGUUGUUGAAGCAAGCGCAGUGGAAACAGUAGU